AAUUACAGCUAUUAGAAAAUAGAAGUGGCAAAAAAUCAAAAAGUCGUCCGCACUACGCAACCCUAUUCUCCAUCUCUAUUCUUCUCUCCAUUUCUCGGCCGCCGCCAUGAAGGGUCCGGGACUCUUCUCCGAGAUCGGCAAGAAUGCCAAAGAUCUGCUGAACAAGGACUACACCUACGACCAGAAGCUGACCAUCUCCACCUCCAGUGCUUCCGGAGUGGGCCUUACUUCUGCUGCAGUCAAGAAAGGUGGACUGUAUUCCUUUGAUAUCGGUUCACAGUACAAGUACAAGAACACCCUUAUUGAUGUCAAAGUCGACACUAAUUCAAAUAUAUCAACAACAGUAACCAUCUCAGACAUACUUCCAUAUACAAAGACCAUCACUUCUUUCAAGCUACCUGAUUAUAACUCUGGAAAGUUGGAGGUUCAAUAUUUCCAUGACCAUGCAAGUUUUGCUUCAGUGGUGGCUCUGAAGCACUCUCCGAUUGUGGAGCUUUCCGGGACUGUUGGUACACGAGGUGUUGCAUUUGGUGCUGAGGCCAGUUUUAAUACUGCCUCCGGAGACUUCACCAAGUAUAGUGCAGGGGUUGGACUGACAAAGCCAGAUUACAGUGCUUCCAUAAUUCUGGAGGAGAAGUUAGACACUCUCAGAGCUUCCUAUGUUUAUCAUCUGGAUGAGUUGCAGAAGAGCUCUGUGGUUGCGGAGAUUGUGAGACGAUUCUCUACCAAUGAGAACAUUUUUACAGUCGGAACACGAUAUGCGGUGGAUCCCCAAACAACCGUAAAGACAAGGCUCAACAACUCAGGGAAGCUUGCUGCUCUCCUCCAGCAUGAACUGAAGCCAAAGUCGGUUCUAACACUCUCUGGUGAGUUCGACACUAAGGCCUUGGAAAGGGCUCCCAAGUUUGGACUGGCUCUUGCUCUUAGGCCUUGACUGCUCUUGUUAGUAGAGUACCGUGCAAUUUUCCGGUUGGAUGAAGAAGUUAGAGCUAAUAAAUGUAUCCUACAAACACACUUUCAAGUUUUCCAUUGACUGGUUUUGAUUUUGUUGGGUGCUUAAACCCAUUCAAUCUGGGACAUUUUUGUUGACAUUUGUCUUGCCACUUGUUCUCCCGGUCUGGGAUGUGACCAAAUUUUUGCAUUAAUCUCCUUGUUGCGGAACAUGCAUUUCGAAAUUCAUGCUAUUUCUUUGCCAA